GGGCACCUGCAGCGGGUGGCGGGCUGCGGCUGGCCGCGAGGCAGCGCUUUGUGUGGGCUGCAGCUGCCCUUGAGGCUUUGCAGCGAGCGCGUUGGUUGUGCUGUUUCUUUGCCUAAAACCGUGGGCUGCCUGCUUGCUCCUUCCUCUGAGGCUGGUUAUGAGCAGGAAAAGGGAAGCUGAUAGAAGAGGAGUUUAAGGAGAACAAAUAAAAAGAGUUAUUCCAUGGGACUCCUACAGAAGAUCACGUGCAUCAGAGAAAGCUUGCAGCAUCCAUCAGUGUGGAAUGGAUGGUACACGUGACCAUAUGGAGGCUCUCUGCAUAGAGAUGCAGUUUCCACAUCUGCUUACUCAUCACCAGCCAAAAGUUUGGGAGACCCUGGAAUCACUCCGCUGUCUCCAUCACAUAUCGUGAAGGACUCUGAUGCAGAAGAUGCUGUAGAACAGUUAUUUCUUGUUGUUGUGGCUAUUGAUUUUGGCACAACAUCCAGUGGCUACGCCUACAGCUUCACCAAGGAGCCGGAAUGUAUUCACGUAAUGAGACGAUGGGAAGGUGGAGAUCCAGGCGUAUCCAACCAGAAGACACCAACUACUAUCCUCUUAACACCAGAAAGAAAGUUUCAUAGCUUUGGGUAUGCAGCGAGAGAUUUCUACCAUGACUUGGAUCCCAGUGAAUCAAAGCACUGGUUGUAUUUUGAGAAGUUUAAGAUGAAGCUACAUACCACUAGUAAUCUUACCAUGGAGACGGACCUGACAGCUGCAAAUGGCAAAAAAGUCAAAGCACUUGAGAUAUUUGCUUACGCCCUGCAAUUUUUUAAGGAACAGGCACUAAAGGAGCUCAGUGACCAAGCAGGUUCGGACUUUGAAAAUACUGAAGUAAGAUGGGUUAUUACAGUGCCUGCUAUUUGGAAGCAGCCUGCAAAGCAGUUUAUGAGACAAGCUGCCUACAAGGCAGGAAUGGCAAGCCCUGAAAACCCCGAGCAGCUGAUCAUCGCCCUGGAACCUGAGGCAGCUUCUAUCUACUGCCGGAAGCUCCGUCUUCACCAGAUGAUAGAGCUGAGCAGCAGAGCACCUGUCAAUGGCUAUAGCCCCAGCGACACCAUUGGAACUGGAUUUACACAAGCUAAGGAACACGUCCGUCGCAAUCGACAGAGUCGCACCUUUUUGGUGGAAAAUGUCAUAGGAGAAAUCUGGUCCGAACUGGAAGAAGGUGACCGUUACAUCGUUGUUGACAGUGGAGGAGGCACGGUGGAUAUGACUGUCCAUCAGAUCAGGCUCCCUGAAGGACAUCUUAAGGAACUAUACAAAGCAACAGGUGGGCCAUAUGGUUCCCUAGGUGUGGACUAUGAAUUUGAAAAGCUCCUGUGUAAAAUAUUUGGAGAAGAUUUUAUUGAGCAAUUUAAAAUCAAGCGUCCUGCUGCCUGGGUAGAUCUGAUGAUAGCAUUUGAGUCCCGUAAACGGGCAGCAGCUCCAGACAGGACCAAUCCACUAAACAUCACUCUGCCUUUCUCCUUCAUUGAUUAUUAUAAGAAGUUUCGAGGUCACAGUGUAGAACAUGCCUUGAGGAAAAGCAAUGUGGACUUUGUGAAGUGGUCUUCGCAAGGAAUGCUGAGGAUGAGCCCAGACGCAAUGAAUGCACUGUUCAAACCUACAAUUGACCAGAUUGUUCAACACCUGAGUGAUGUAUUCGAUAAGCCAGAAGUGACCAAUGUCAAGUUUCUGUUCCUGGUGGGUGGCUUCGCCGAAUCCCCUUUACUCCAGCAAGCUGUCCAGAGCGCUUUUGGUUCGAGAUGUCGAGUCAUCAUUCCUCAGGAUGUGGGGCUCACUAUCCUCAAAGGAGCUGUUCUCUUUGGUCUAGACCCUGCUGUCAUCAAAGUGCGGCGUUCACCUCUCACCUAUGGUGUGGGUGUGCUAAAUCGGUUUGUGGAAGGGAGGCAUCCACCGGAGAAGCUGCUAAUCAAAGAUGGCACGCGUUGGUGCACUGAUGUCUUUGACAAAUUUAUCUCCGCUGACCAAUCAGUAGCCCUUGGAGAAACUGUGACACGCAGUUACACACCUGCCAAACCUUCUCAGUUAGUAAUAGUGAUCAAUAUCUAUAGCUCAGAACAAGAUAACGUCAGCUUCAUCACUGAAUCUGGAGUGAAAAAGUGUGGCACCCUUCGCCUGGAUCUCACAGGAACUGAUGCUUCUGUGCCAAACAGACGGGAGAUCAAAACACUUAUGCAGUUUGGGGACACUGAGAUCAAAGCCAUGGCCAUUGAUGUUGCCACCUCUAAAAGUGUCAAAGUUGGUAUUGAUUUCUUAAACUACUAACAGAUCAUUUUCCCCACCAUGGCCUGUUUGUGAGACUCAUCGUCCACUAUUUCAUUUUUUGACUUUCAUAUGUCACAUAAUCAUCUUGAAUUUCAGCAGGCUAUAGGAGAACAGCUAGUAAGGUGGGGUAUGUCAUGCUUGUGCCCUUGAAGGACCAAAGGCUGGAUUUUAAAAGACCCUUAAAAAGUUUGAGGAGGAAAACUUACAGAGGUAGUAAAAGUUAUUUAGUUGUUCAAGCAUGUGUAAAGAUCUGCCUUUAUUAAGUAUUAUUAUUGCAUCCUGAAGAUUGGUUAAGAAAUAUAAAAUCAUUAUCUCUUUGCCUUGCUCUUGUUCUUCUUCCUCUUCCUCCCAAGAAACAUUUGCUAGCCCAGGUGGUUGGUGUAGGGGGGGGUAUCUGUAUGGGGUAUCUGUCUGAAACAGCACCAUCCUCUGAGCGUGGAAACAAAUUAGUAAGUUACGGCUUUCUUUUGGUUUUUGGCCUGUACUUUCAAAAAUGUAAGUGCUGAAAAUCAGGGACGGAAAGAAGUAGGAAGUGAGUGUCUUCACUUCUGAGAUCACACUGAAAAGAAAAUCCUUAGAAAUCCUUAAAAGUAGAUUUGGGAAAUAUACAUAUUUUAGUAGCCUAAUGUUGGUUGCCCAAGCUUGAGAAGGCGGCCUUUCUUGUCAGAGCUCUUUGGACUAGCUAUUGGAUUAAAAAGCUAACAUUACCCUCAUUGUACUUCAGAAAUUUAUUAAGAACAAAGUUAUUUCCCUUUUUAGAUCUUAUAAACUUACAUUUAUUAGUUUCCAUCCAGAAUCACAGAACAGAUGAAGUUGGAAGGGAUCUCUGAAAACGAUCUGGUCCAACCCCUAAGCUUUAAGCUAGAACAGGAUUAUUUGUCCUUUCAGAUUGUGAGUAUCUUCAAAGAUGGAGAUACCUAAACUGUUGGGGGCAAUCUGUUCCAGUGUAUGACAACACUCAUUGUAAAAAAGAAAAAAAAGAAAAAAAAAGGAACAAAAAAAACAUGUUUUUAAAACGUUUUUCUUGUAUUUUAAUUUGUGCCCAUUGCCUCUUUUCCCUUCACUGAAAACUACUGAGAAGCCUUGCUCCAUUUUCUUUACUGUCUUCUGUCAGACAUUUAUACGCAUUCCUGAUUGCUCCACAAACAUUCUCUUCUUGAGUCUGAAGUCCUGGAUCUCUCAACCUGUCCUCUUACAAUUGAUGCUCUGAGCUCUUUGUCAUCUUUGUGACUCCUUGACAGAGUCAGCCCAUAAGUCCAUGUCGCUCUUGUACUGAGGACUGGAUGCCAGAUGUGGUCUCACCAGGUCUGAAUAGAGGAGAAUAUUCACCUUCCUUAUCUUGCUAGCAGUACUUUUCCUUGUGCAGCCCAGCUGUUGGCAUUCUUUGCCUCAAGGGUACAUUGCUGGCUCAUGAAGACUUUGUGUCUACCAAGACCCUGAGGGCUUUUUCUGCCAAGAUGCUUCCCAGCCAGUCAACCACCAGCAUAUACUGGUGUAUGGAGUUACUCCUCCAGAGGCUUAAGACUUUGCACUUCUCUCAUAAUCGUAUUUUUUUCUUGUUAAUUCCCGUGUUAAUGUUUGGAAGUACAGUUAGAUGAUGGCUGUCCAGGAGGAUCAACUGAUAACUUCACUUUUAAAUCCACUCCUAGCUGGUGGACUGAUGCUAACCUGAAUAACUAUCAAAUGCUGAUGCUUUCAGAGCAUUUAUAUAGAGCUGCCUGAUUACCUGCUGGAAUUCAUUACAUUUUUGGAACUUGCAAUUUUAAUUCUUAAAACUAAACCUUCCUUUCUAAUAAGUUGAGCAUGAGUUAUAUCAGUUACUGACACUUUGGGGAAAUGAAGGCUUUAUCAAUGUUUUCACUGAUUUACAUUCCAAUCCAGCACUUAAGCUUUCUGUGUUUAUCCUGGAGAUUUGCCACUGUAAAGAGCUGCAGAACUGGUCUGCUGCAUUUGCCGUCGAGUUUUCUGUGUCUGUUGCAGAAUUCCCUAGUAGAAUAUGAAAUCUGUUCUGCAUUCAGCUUUAAAAAAAAAGAAAAAGAAAAAAAAAAAGAAAAAAUAUAAAAGGACUAUGGAGAAUGGAGUCACAGUAUCCUGCUGGAUACUUUCCUAUGAUUACAAAGUGUGCUUUCUAGCAUUCAAUUUCCUGCUGCCUGCUAAAUGCUUUAAAAGCUAAAUACUGGGAUUUUUUGUGUGUUGCUUUCCAUGGUUUACAAACAAGAGAAACUUUAAGAUGAGUUAUGAACAAUAUAAUUUUAUGUAUAUACAAUAUUUAAAUAUUGUACAGACUCUUUCUUUUUACAGUGCUAUUUUCUUGUAUAAAAAUGCUCUUUGCCUCUGUUGAUUUCAUUCAGCUGUUAAUUUUAAAUAACAUAGUUUCUCAAUCAGCUUCCAUAAUUAUAGGCUUUUAAAGAUGGUAAGAUAUGAAAUGUAAAAGGCUGAUCUUAUAAUAAUAGGAAAGAAAUGUUGAUGUGUCAGAAAAUACAGCAUUCUUCCUGCAAUGCAAGUCACACCAGUUAAGCAUAUUACACAGAUGCACUUGUAUUUUGCUGGGAUUUCAUUUCUUUGUUUCAGAUGGUGACCAUUCCAGCAGUUCAUCAUAAUAAUGGAUGAAUCCUCCUGUAAAACAAAGUUAUAUUUAGCUCGUAUGAUCUGAAUAUACAGAUUCUUCUCUAGGUUUUGGAGUUUUACUAAGGAUCUUUUCUAGUUAAAAAAAUACAUACACACACACACACACACACACACACACACACAUGUAUAUACUUUCCAGAGCCAGGUAACACUGAUUUAUAGUAGUUGCAGGUCUCUGUCUGUUACUACUUCCUACCAAACACUAAAUUCUUACAGAAAAGAAGGCUUCGCUGUCUUUGCAUCCUAUGUUAAACCGAAUGGUUCCAAUUAAACAAGGAUUUGUUUCCAGUGGCCUUAGGUUAAUGCAGAAUUUGAUAUAGCUAAGGUCUGCAAUCCCCCACCAAGAAGAGGAGGUGAACUGUAGGAUCUUGUGGCCCUUGGGUUUUGUGCUGUUUUCAGCCCGUCUGCUAGGAAUGCUAGCAGUAGUUUCUGCAGCUCUUUUGAAGUGUAGUUCCCCGCAUGGUAGAGAUUCUGUGCCCUUUUUAUUCACCUUUUGUAAGAUUCUGACCUGAUCCAAACAGGCAUAUGUUGCUAAAGUGAUUCUACUGUAACUGUAAAAUGUGAAGAGUUUGCAUAUUUUUGCACUUCCUUUUUCAGUCUCAUGAGAGCACUGUCUAGCUCUUCUGUGCAGAACACUGAACUACUGAGCAAACUUCCAACUGUCCUCGCUGUCCUCUUUAAAUGAGAGUGGAAAAUUAGCCUGUCCCUCUAAGGAAUUAGAAUUGUAAGUAGAAUGUUAUGCUAUGGUCUGUAGUUUAUAACCCAUUUGAACAAUUUUACACUGUAAGUGGGAAAUGGAUGCCCAUUUUGAUAGAGGAUGUUAGGCUGUAAAAUUAAUAUGAAAUUUAUUAGGAAAUUGAGUCAUUUUUAGAAUAGUAGUUCCGAUACCUAUGCAGGAAGUUUCCUGUACUUUUGGUAGGGAUUUCAGAUGACAUUGUGCAACUUAAUGUUGAAAAGACAAGGCCUGCCAUCCUUAGGCAAAGCCAAAAGCCCUGACUGAAGUUUUGCUCUAAGCAUGGACUUGCAAGUUUGAGUCAAACUUACUUAAAUCUAGGCUGAAAGUUAGCAACGAAUUGUGAUAGAAUGAUCUUGUACUAGAAUAUGAUACAUGUGCAGUAAUGGUUAGGAUGGUUAAUAUUACUAUAUUCAUACCAGUGAAUAUAUACAGGAGUUUUAAUGCAUUAUUAUGAGAAGGCUAAUUAUGUAUUGCAGAGAAUUAAUCGCUGAGAUAAGCUGCAUAUUUAUCAUACGAAAUGGCUUAAGCGGAUGAAUAGUAUAAAAGUUGUUGGGCAUAACGUCACAGUACACAGUACACCUGCUUGAAAUAGUCUUAAACUAUAUUAUAAAACCAACCAUUGUGGUCUUGUUCACCUCUGUGCAAGAUAAAUUCAGAUUUCACAGAUGUUUGGAGCUGUUCACAACUUCUCUGGAUUGUACUUGAGUGUUCUUGUGUCCUCAACCAUGUCAAAUAAAAUAAAGUAAAACUCA